AUGGCUUCUGGAAACGACAGGGUAGCGGGUCUGUCGCCCCAAGCUGAGGUAGCAGCUCGGGCUUUUGUGCAGUUAUUGGCCCGGGAGCUGUCUUCGGCCCCAAGCGCAACGAGAGAGAGUACAGUAGUCAGGGCUGGAGGCAGUGCUGCUCCUCUGCCGGGUAGCGAUUCUAGGGUGAGACAGGCUAUGAGAAGGCAGUUCCCGAGUAUGUUUAAUAAUGAUCAGCCAAGAGGAAAAAGACGAUUCUCGACACCUGCCGCUUGCAUUGUAAAAAGGACAGACUUUCACAUUUAUGUCCUUUCGGAACCCAGUCAGUUCACACCAAAGGGCUCAGAAGAGCUAGAACUUGCCCAUGCUGGCCUUGGGAAGAGGAUUUUGAGUAUACCAGACCACUUGAAACACGAUGAGAUUGUAGCUCUACUUGAAGAGGAAUAUCCUAAACUUAAGACCUUACAAGGAGGUUGGAUGUUUUUCAAGUCUACAGGUGGUAGCGGACGUCGCAAGCUGUCAAUAAUUCCAACUGACGCUGAGGGUUACUCCACAAGGCUUCUUAAAUCAGCAUCCAACAAUGGGAAAAACAUUGUAUUUGUAGUUCCACUACAGGAGAAGCUUUCUACUGAACCACUUUCCUAUGAUUCAGUAGAGUUCGCCAAGAUGCCACAGUCCAAAUGCAUUACAUGUGGCAGUCAAAUGCCUUUGCAGCUGUUGCCGUUGCAUGUGGAGGGAUGCAAUGGCACAUUGACUGAGAGUGAAUCUGGAACAUCUCUUGAUGAAGAUUGUUCAGUUGUUGAGCAGCCAGUCCCAUCUACCACAGGCAUGGAUGAAUCCUUGACGGUCUGCCCAAUCUGUCUUGCAUCGUACUCAGCUGAUGUUCUCCCAUAUCAUGCAAGCACAUGUGGUGACAGAAUGAACUGUGCUCAACCCAGCAUAGCAGCCAGUCCCUCAAGGGGAGAAGAAUUGCCCGGACCCUCAAGGGGAGAAGAAUUUCCAGGACCUUCAAGGGGAGAAGAAUUGCCAGGGACCUCAGUUCCACAAUCGUCAGCAGCUUCAACCUGGGCCACUGAAGUCGACCCGCAAAAAGCAUGCCAGUUGUUUAGAGAAGAUUUGCUGAACCGUUACUCUGAAAGUCCACGCCUCUCUCUAUCACUCGACAUGUUUGAUGCAGAAGAAGAACAGGACAAGUGCAUUGAUUUCCUUCUAUAA